UCACAGGAGUUGAGCGGUGGUGCACUAUGCACUGAUGCGUAGAGUACUGAUGGAGUGACGGCUGCCGUGUGAGUUUAUUUAUUAAUAACUAUUAACUACGUUAAAUGUAGUGUAGUAAUGUAGUGUAAUUGAGGAAGGUUUAAGAUCCGACGUUAAAAUGUUUACUUAUACAAAUCCUCGUAAGUCUCUUCAGUUACAUAAACUUGAAUCAUCACCAUUUUCAAUAAAUCGAAAACGUAAAUUAUUUUCCGUAGAAAGUUCGGACGAAAAUAUCUCUCCAUCCAGAGUGUAUGAUUUUGAAUAUGUUUCUCCUGAAAAAUCUUUUAAUAUAAAUUCAACUAAAUUAAGUCCUACUUUAAGUGAAAAAUUUGAACGUCUUAUUUCAAAAUCAAAGCAUGAUAACUUAUGUUUAUCAUCAAUUACUACAGCUGAAUCUUCAAGUUCUCAACCAAUAGAACAUAAUACCACAACACCAUUGAAUACAGAAAAAGUUAAAAGAGACGAAAAUCUUUCAAACAAAAGCUUUAGUUUAAAUAAAAUCAAAAAUAACAAAGCUGAGUAUGAAGUAAAAGCUUCAUGUUCUUAUGAUUAUAAAACGAUAUCACCUAAAGAUUUUGGUAUCGAACGAGUUACUCGCUCACAUUAUAAUCCAAAAGUAAAAACAACAUUAUUUAAAGAUAAUAUGUCUACAAGUAAAAAAAGACCUAGAUCUACCAGCAGAGCACUAAAAACAAAAAUAAAUUUGUUUCCGGAUGCUAUAUCACCAUUUAAAAAGAAUCCUAUAGAUAUGCAAUUAUGUAAAAAUGAAAAUGAAACUAAUUCAACUAAAAAAAGUGUAGUUAAAAAAACUAAGACUCCUACACAAUCUUCUUCAAAAAAAAAUGUAUGGACAGAAUACAUGAAUCAAAAUAAACCUAAACGUAUUCUAAUUGAACAACAAAACAACAGAAAAUUUUUCAAGUCUAAAGUAGAUCAUAAUGAUAUACUAAAUAAAAAAAAAGAUGAUGACUUUAACUUAAAAGUUAUAAACUGGAAUGAUAAAAAUAGUAUAAGUUCUACAGUUGAAGUCAAGGAAUCUAAUUUAAACGGUCCAGAAAUAUUUAAUGAUGACAAAAUCAGUGAAAAUGGUCAAUUUAUAAAUAAAUCAAUAGAAAUGUUAGAUGAUAGUCAUUUGACAGCUGUACAAAACUUGUUUUUGACUCCAACAUUUAAAAGAAAUCAUAAAGGUCCAAAAUCUUUAAAUAAAAGUGUCCAAAAUCAUAGCACUAUUUUAAAACCAGUUUUAAUUAAAAAUGCUUAUGAUUUUAAUGAGGAUUAUGAUGGAGAAAAAUGUAUUUCUUUGACAGCUGCUCAUCUUAAGGAUGUAUCAAGUUCUUCUAUUGAUUUUAAUGAGACAAUCUUAAAUAAAUCAGUUGACACUUCAAUUGAUUUCAAUGAUACAAUCAUAGAUGUGUUUGCUGAUACUUCAAUUAAUACUUCAGUUAGUGUAAAUGAAUCUCCACGAUCAAACUUGUUCCCAAUUUUCACUAAUGAAACACCUCCACCUAGUCACAUUAUUCGUCCUAGUGAAAAAAAGAGUUCAGUGCGAAAAGGAAGAAGAGUUAUAGACAACGCUCAAUAUCAGAUUUAUGCAGGACAAAAGAAAUUUGGUGGUUUUUUGUGUAAUCAAUGUGGUCUUUAUUAUUCAAGAGGAGAAUUAGAAGAUGAAGCAGAACAUGACAAGUAUCAUAAAGCCAAGGAUAUUUUCAAAUAUAAGACUAUAAAAAAUGAAAAAGUUAUAUUUAAAGAUUUUGAUGAACGCAUUGUUGUAAUAUCUGGAUCAGAUACUAAAAUGUUAAGUUCAAAAGCUUUAGAGGUGAUGUCAUAUGUUGACAAAGAACUUGGCUGUAGUACACAACGUUCUGUUUUAGCCGAAACUAAAAAAGUUUAUUUGUAUAUAAAAAAUAAACAAGUGAUUGGAUGCCUAGUAAUAGAUCUCAUGUCUCGUGCUUAUCAUAAUGUAGAAACUGAAUCAGAAGAUAUGGUUGUUGUAUCUGAAGAAUCGUAUCCAGUGAAAGCAGGUGUUAACAGUAUCUGGAUAAGAUGGGAUUGCCGUAGAACUGGAAUCGCAACAAAACUACUCGACUAUUUUCGUAAGAAUUAUGCAUUUGGUCAUAUAUUGGCACUUGAUGAAGUAGCCUUCACAGUGCCUACACGUGCUGGCAAACAAUUCAUUAAAAAGUAUACAAAGAAAAAUGAUUUUUUAGUUUAUACUGGAUGGUAAUAAAUUAUUGUGGUUUGUUAUUCCUUAUGGUAUAACAUACAUUUUUUUUUAUCACAAUAUGUUAUUUUGAUUUUUGUAUUCCUUAACAGAGUUUUGUCCUGAUUAGUCUUAGACAAUAAGGUCAAUUGAUGUAGUAUUUAAAAAAUAGUUUAUUUUUGUUAAUUGUUAUACAUUUAUUAUUAGUUUUUGGACCAAGUGUUAUUUACAU